UGGCAUCUGCAGAAGGCCGAUUUGCUUACAAACAGUCUCAUUACAGCCUCAGUCAGUAUUCUCAUUUGUACGACAGAACUCCCACGUUUAUAAAGUCGGAAACAACAUACACAAACGCAUAAAGCGCAUCUAUUGUUGUAAUCAUUCGGUGCUUCACAGUAGAGCUAAACUAAUAUGGCGGCUCGGGACACAUUUUAUCAAUACGAAAUUUUGAUGUUUUACACUCUGGUUGCCGUAUGCAAAUGCGCAUCGCUACCUAUAGAUACAAAAUCCUCAAAGACUCAAGACAUUACUAAUCUAGAUUUGAAAACAGCGAGCAGUUCCUACUCCCGCCAAUAUUACGACUGGGCUGGAAGCUAUCCAGGUGGCUAUGACUACACAAUUUCUGGGAAUGGUAUAGUAGGCAAUGGACAUGAUUAUGAUUCAAAAGCUGGAGGUUACAAUCCCGUGAGAGAAAACGGGUAUCCGUAUGAUAUCAAUAACCCAAGUUAUAUUGGACAAGAUUACGGCUUUCAAAGAGGCGAUAAUUUCGGGGGAUAUUCUAAUAAUAUCGGAGGCUAUGGAGGGUAUGGUGGGAAUGGAGGAAAUGGGGGCUUAAGUUCCUAUUACGGUUAUAAUAACCCAUAUUACAAUGAGGCGAAUCAUCUCGGUUACGGAUAUUAUAAUAAAAAGCUCGGUUUUGGAAAUAUUUACAGCAGUGGGGUAACACCAAACUUGGUAACUGGUUACAGAGGCUACUCUAGACGUUGAUCUUUGUAAAAUAAACCAAGCUAGACAAAUAUGUUCAUAGAAAGUACAAUCUUGAGAGUUCAAAUAUAUUUUAUAGAAUACUAUUUUAUGUGGAAUAUGGAUAUACUAUUUUUGUCAAAUAAAAUAUAAUAAAUAUAAAAUAUCCGAAAAUUAAAAAUUUGGUGCGUGUUUAUUACAUGUGUUGUUUUACCAAAGAAAACGUUGAAUAAAAUUAAUUUAAUUCUAUCA